AUGAGAUAUACCAUAUCUUAUCAGAGGCUCGAACAAAUUAAAGGAGUUCGGCUUAGCAGGGAGGAGACUGAAGCUGAGUAUGAAAUUGAUGAGAAUCGCAUUUUUUCAAUGAAGAAAUCGUUGAGAGUUCUGGCUUUGGGGAACAAAAUAAAUGUUUCACGAUCAGGCCAAAAAGCACCCAAUUUUAAAGAACUGAGAUUUCUCCGACUAGGUGGCGACAUCUCUGGUUUAUGGCCUGUGAAUUUAGAAUCUCUUGAAAGAUUGGCUGUGUUCCAUGGCCCUGUCUUCAAGGAUGGUGUGACUCUGUAUCGGUUACCGAAGAGGCUACGGGUGAUGAAUGCCACUGCACAGUCUCAGGAAUCUGCAAAUUUGCAGGAAUCCAUGCCUGCCAACAUCAUAAAAAAUUCUUCCUUGGAGGAAUUGGAUUUAGAAGAACUGAAAACUCUCCAGAGAUUGCCCGAACGGCUUGAUCACUUAACUGCUCUCAAGGUUAUGAUAUUAGAUGAAUGGGAUAAAAUGCAGGAGGUGCCUGAGCAGGUAUGUGAACUGCGUUCAUUAUGUAAAUUGAGCAUCUGUGGUGGCAUUUCUUUGAAGAAUCUGCCAAACUCGUUUGGCCAAUUAAGUUGUUUAGAAGAGUUGAUCUUAACAAGUCGCAAGCAACUGGAAGGAUUGCCCCCGACUUUUGGAGGCCUCAGUUCUCUGAAACAUUUGAAUCUAGCAGAGUGUGUUAACUUAAAAGAACUUCCAUCAAGCUUUGGGAAAUUAAGGUCUUUGCAGAUUUUAAAUUUGGAAAGCUGCUGGAAAUUGGAAGCCUUGCCUUCUAGCUUUGGGCAACUAUGUCAGUUAAAGAGGUUGAGCCUGCGGUCAGAAGAUCUUAAAGAAUUGCCUUCUAGCUUUGGGGAACUUAGCUCUUUAGCAGAGCUGAGGUGCAACUGUCUGGAACUGAAGGAAUUGCCUGUUAGCUUUGGGCAGCUUUCUUCUUUAACACACUUAGAUUUAAGUUGUUGCAUGAAAUUGAAAACCUUGCCUUCCAGCAUAGGAGAACUUAGGUCAUUAAAAGAUUCCAAUUUAUCGGCUUGCUUUAAGCUAGAAAAAUUGCCUUCCAACAUUGGGGAACUUCCAUGUUUAACGCAAUUAGAUCUAAGACAAUGUCACAGUUUGAGAAAAUGUCCGAUUUCUAUUCUGAGACAAAGAAAUCAGGGGUUAACCAUUUGGCUUCCGGACCACCUAAAGGAGAGGGAGUCCACGUCUUCUAAACAGAGGUGA